AUGCCACCGCCUAGAAGUACCCGGAACGCGUCCUAUCCAGUCGCAGCAUCUAUCCUGCUGCAGCUACUGAUACUGUCACUGACCUUGACCCUGACAUGGGCCGCCAGUGAACCCGCAUUGGAAGCGGAGACAGAGCCACCAGUUCCUCUUCUGAGAAAAGUCAAAUUCCGGACACCGGUGCCUCCCAGUCCCCGAUGGGGAGCCAAUAUGCAGAUGCUACGCCGGCACAACAGUCCCGCCUUCGACUUCUGGACGGAGGACAGCGAGACGAAUAUCUGGGAGCACUGCGGCCUCUUUGAAGGCGACAUAAUGCUCCACAGAGAGCUCCUAAGGAAUGGACUGCUCAACGAGCGUCUCUCCUGGCCAGAUGCCACGGUGCCCUUUUACAUCGAUCCCCAGGACUUUGACGCCAACCAGACCAUGGUGAUACUGAAGGGCUUCAAGGAGUACCACGACAGGACGUGCAUCCGCUUCCGGCCGUACGAGAAGGGCGACAAGCACUGGCUGAUGAUCAAGGGCAACUACUCCGGAUGCUGGUCGAGCGUCGGACGGCGGCAGGGUGGUCAGGUGCUGAACCUGAACACCCCCAAGUGUGUUACCCACGGCGUGGUGGUGCACGAGCUGUUGCACGCCCUCGGUUUCUAUCAUCAGCAAAGUGCCACCGAGAGGGACGAGUACGUGAAGAUCAAUUGGGAGAAUAUACUGGAUGGCCAUGCCCACAACUUCAAUAAGUACGCCCGCACCCACAUCACCAACUUUGGGGUGGAGUACGACUACCAGAGCGUGAUGCACUACAGUUCCAGGGCGUUCAGCAAGAACGGAAAGGCCACCAUCGAGCCAUUGGACCCUUAUGCUUCGCUGGGACAACGCCGCGGUCUCUCCGACAAGGAUGUCUCAAAGCUGAACGAAAUGUACGAACAGGACUGCAACAGCGAGGGUUUUCUGCUCAACUUUGAUCGAUUCGGUAGCUAUUUGGACGAACUGCUGGACUACUUCCAGGGCAACAUUCAGGAUCUCUUUGGAUAGUUCCUUCUGAUGCCAAUAAAGGGGAGUAUAUGCUAGGUAACAAAGAAA